AUGCUUGAUGGGUCAAGCCCCCAGGCUGGUAAAAUCUGGAAAAAGGCCAAUAUGACCUUCCUAUUUGAUGGCAAGCAAAUGACAGAAACCUUCCUGAUUUGCAACACUGGAACACAUGCUGCCAUCUUAGGAAUCAAAUGGCUGGAACAACAUAAUCCUGAGAUUGAUUGGAACACACAAACCCUCUCCUUCCCACACGCACCACCAGAACACGUGGCCAUUGCCAAAGAGGAGGAAGCCAAUCAGAAACCCCUUGAAGGAGUACCCCCUAAAUACCAUCAAUACGCCAAGGUAUUUGGGGAAGAAGAAUUCAAUAAGCUUCCCCCACACCGGCAUUAUGACAUUGGGAUAGAACUCACAGAAGAAGGUCCACUCAACUCCCCUUUGUAUAGCAUGACUGACGCUGAGUCCGCCACACUCAAGGACUGGCUCAGGGACAAACUCAAGGCUGGAAAGAUCCUGUCGUAG